AAACAUCAAAGGACUAGUAUUUCUUAAAUCCGGAACGGGAAUACUCAUAUCUCCAGCCCCAAACACCCGCCUAUCUAAAAACCCUAGCCCUAUAAAUUGUUCCAUUCCUAUAGGGCAGCUCCCAUUGUGCUCCGUUCCUCGAGCUCAGAUCAUUUUUCUGUUUUCAUGGCGCCGAAGAAGGAAAAGGCUCCUCCACCGUCUUCGAAGCCCGCCAAAUCUGGCGGAGGUAAACAGAAAAAGAAGAAAUGGAGCAAAGGUAAGCAAAAGGAGAAGGUGAACAACAUGGUUUUGUUCGAUCAAGGUACUUAUGACAAGCUUCUCUCUGAAGUUCCUAAGUACAAGCUUAUUACUCCAUCGAUCCUGUCCGACAGACUCAGGAUUAAUGGAUCGCUAGCACGCAGGGCAAUCAAGGAUUUGAUGGCAAGAGGUUCGAUUAGGAUGGUAUCAGCUCAUGCUAGCCAGCAGAUAUACACCAGGGCCACCAAUCACUAGUAGCCAGCAGCCAGAAUUUCUUAUAUUGCCAAGAGUUAAAAUGGAAACAUGGCAAGAGUUAAUGGAAACUAGUGAUUCCUUUUUGUUUAGUUCAUCUGUUUUAUGAAAAUUAUCAGUGUCAUUAGCAACUUAAUUGUCUUGAUGAGCAUUUGCUUUGUGGUCUAGUUUUUGAGGUUUUAUGCAUAUUACAUUGUGGGUACCGGGUAUGAAGUUUUGAUUUGAAUUCAUGCUCCAUAUUCUGCA